AAAGAUUUAACCAAGAAGGAAUGGCUUAUACAACAACUGCAAGGAAAGCUUGAUGAAUCUCAACGGAAGCUUUCUGAAGCCAACUAUCACAAGACUGACCUUCAGAAAGAGUUGGAUCACCGGAAGGCUCUUCCUCAGCAGUACAUGAAUGAAGAAGAUGAUCAGCAAUGUCACAUUCACAGAGCACCCCAGUCAUGGGCAGCAGCAACUCAUCCACCAAAGUGCUGUACUUUACUGACCGCUCUCUGACACCCUUCAUGGUCACUUUACCAAAGAGUUUAGGAGAGGUGACACUGAGGGACUUCAGAGCAGCUAUUGGUCAAGAGGGAAGUCACAGAUACCACUUCAAGGCUUUGGAUCCUGAAUUUGGAACAGUGAAAGAAGAGGUGUUUCAUGAUGAAGAUAUUAUUCCAGGCUGGGAAGGUAAAAUAGUAGCCUGGGUGGAAGAAGAUCACGGAAGCAUUUGGUACAAUGAGAAACUCCAUGAUACGGGUCUGGAUAUUUUAUCAUGCUGCCAAAAGAGGAUUCUGCAGGCACCAAAAGGAAAGCUCAUACAUAGUUCCAGCUGCAGGAAAGUGGAUCCUUACUAGUUGCUGGUGAUGCCUUUAAUGCAUCAAACGAGACAAUAUACAUUUGGGAUAGCCGCAAUGACAUUAUUUCUUAGGAUUUAUGUGGUCCCUGCCUUGUGGUUGCCAGCAGCCUUAUAAUGUAUGAAAUACAGUAUGUGAUGAAGAGUAUUCAGUAUUUUUCUACAGGUGCACUAAAUCUAGUUUUGCAGUUAUAGCAGGGCAAUAUGUAACAGGUCCCUUCAGGUUAGACAAUCCUUAGAUUGGGUCAAAUGCAGUAAACUAUUUGCCAUCUACGUAGUCUGCAUAUCAUUGGUUGGAACAUGGAAACAUAAAUUCUACAGCAUAGGCCACUCAGAUGGCCAGAUUGUUAUUGCUGUAGAAUUUAAUCUAUGGUACAAAAAUGGUUAAAGCAUGGAUAUUCAUCCUGGGCCUGUACAUCUCACAAGAUACGGUGUAGGAGGCUUAUAGUUCAGUGCUAACCAUACACAUAUUAAAAAGAUGUUUUCAGAUUUUUGCCUGAAAACCACUAAAUCUUCGGAUUAUUACACGAAACCCAUCGCAGAUGA